CCUAAUUAACUAGUGGGUGUUUUGGUUGUUCUCCCCUUCUCCCUGACAGAAGGGGGCCUCACAGGUUGCUCCGGUUCACAUUGUCAAUGAAGAGUCAGCAGACAAGACUAACUUGGGCUUUAUUCACGCAUUUGUGGCUGCCAUAUCAGUCAUCAUCGUUUCCGAGCUGGGGGAUAAGACCUUCUUCAUUGCAGCCAUCAUGGCGAUGCGGUACAACCGCCUGACUGUGCUGGCCGGUGCUAUGCUUGCCUUGGGACUGAUGACGUGUUUAUCAGUUUUGUUUGGCUAUGCCACCACAGUUAUUCCUCGUGUGUACACAUACUAUGUAUCAACGGCACUGUUUGCCAUUUUUGGCAUCCGAAUGCUUCGGGAAGGUUUGAAAAUGAGUCCAGAUGAGGGUCAGGAAGAGCUGGAGGAAGUUCAAGCAGAAAUUAAAAAAAAAGAUGAGGAACUUCAGAGAACUAAACUGUUAAAUGGGCCAGGAGAUGUGGAAUCGGGGCCAGGCACCACUAUACCUCAGAAGAAGUGGCUACAUUUUAUUUCUCCAAUCUUUGUUCAAGCUUUUACUCUAACGUUUUUAGCAGAAUGGGGGGAUCGUUCCCAAUUAACAACCAUAGUGUUGGCUGCCAGAGAGGACCCCUAUGGAGUGGCGGUUGGAGGAACAGUGGGACACUGCCUGUGCACUGGGUUAGCAGUUAUUGGAGGCAGAAUGAUAGCACAGAAAAUUUCUGUUAGAACUGUGACAAUCAUAGGAGGCAUUGUCUUCUUAGCGUUUGCUUUUUCUGCACUAUUUAUAAGUCCAGACUCUGGUUUUUAAAAUUUUUCAUCACUGCAAAAGAGCAAGGAUUGGAAGCAUCAAGCAGCUCUCCUUGUGCAUUUUUGUAUAUAAUGUACAGAAUGAUAGAUAAGCACUGAAGAUGAGACACUGAACUUUUUAUAGUGUAUGAUUCAUGGGACUGACACACUUAUGGACAGCUUCUGCAGUGGAGAUCUGCUUGUCAUCUGCUUUGUUUAUAUGGUGCCUGCUCCCUUGGCAGGAUUCAUGUGGUUUUCUUGCUUGCUGAACCUGGCUCAGCUGAGUUUUGAGGAUAUAUUCUGAAAAGUAUUGAGGCUUCCUCUUUUCUUCCUCUGUUACACAUGGCCACC